AUGUCCUCAGCAGGCAAAUCUAAGGUUCAAUCACUGAAAGUUACUCAUGUUUGUCCAUUAUGUAGAAUUUCGCACAAAGCUUGUAGAACUAUUAAAUGUGGUGUUGGAGAGAAAUUUCUUGAUUUGGGAAUUGCAAAGCCUUGGCUCGUGAAUUGCAACAAAGAGUUGUGCUCUCUCUUCAAGGAGUUUAAAGGAGAUCCGUGCCAACGAAAGCAAUUCAAGGUAGUGAUAGAGGAGAGAAUGCAGGAGGUGUAUCAAGUUUGUGUCAUCUUGGAAAAACAAUAUUCGGAUGAUCAUGACACCUUUACAGAGAAGUACUUCAAAGUGAUUUCCGACUUUUAUGAAGAUUUAAUUGAGGAGGUCAAGCUGAUCGAAGCUCUUGAUAUGGACGAUAGCGAUGAUGAUAUGGCAAUGCCUAAACUUCCUCCAAUCGUUCUCAAGCCUCACUCCUCCAAAACACCAUCAAGCGGAAAAGUCUUGCAAAGUAUGACUCCACCCUCUGAAAAUUCCUCUCCAUUCGCCAAGGCUGAACAAGAUGUUGUCAUUUCGGAAUUGGUCAACCAAUCUUCUUCCUCCAUGAAAAAUCGCAAGAAGAGUCAGGCUCUAUCGGAAGAUGAAAGUGAAGAGUUUAUGAUGAGUGAAAUCACACCUAAACCAUCUCGUUAUGGAGCCAAUUCAGGAGAGCAAUCUUGUGUACAACAACAACCACUGCAACAACAACGUCAUCUCAUCUCGCCAUCGUCAUUGCUACAUCCAUUGGAAAGAAAGUUGCACCAGCAAUGA